AUGCCCCGAGCUCGCCGGAACAGCAGUGAAGAGGAAGCUUUCAAGGCCGACCGUCGCGAGAGGAACAAGCUCUCAAAACGAAGAGCAAAGGCCGCAAAGCUUGCAUUACAAGCUGCCGCAGCAUCGAGCGCAAAACCAAUCGCCGUCGCAGACCCAUCAGGAUUCGCUCCUGACGCUCCGCUUGUGCAGACAUCUAGUACCACUCAGGUCGCGCGUACUAUCCCAAUAAGAGCUUUGCUCAACUCGCCGAGCCCGCGAACGCUGAACACGCCUAGCCCGCGAACAGUUUCGAGCCUUGAUCGAAACUUCUUUUCGCGAGCAACGCGUUGUCCAUCUGUUGCUGCAAGCACUGUGGUCGGCUUGCGACCGGCUUCAGCACUGCUCUCCAUUGCAACCCUGGUCCCGGCUCCUCAGCAUGAUGCAGCAUCACCUCUGAUCCAAAGCAAUUCUCUUCAAGCUUCGCCCGCGAUUGACGCUGUAGGUCUUUCCUCUUCAACGGCAGAGCAGCAGCGCCAUGAUGAGAAUGAUCCUUCUGGUACUUCCACAGGCAUACGGUCUUCACCCGUUGCGAUUCCAUCAAUUGCGGAGGGUAUCGUUAUCAAUGGACCUACUUCUGCGGCAACAAAAGCACUGCCGAAUGGUCAUAUCAACGUCGAGACUGAAAGAAAGCACUCAGACGAUCAUGAGUCGUCUCAUACCAAUCAUGAUGCACAGCGGAUAGCGAGGCUUGAGAGUGAACAUGAACAGAUGCAAGAACGGCUGGCCGGGAUCUUAUUUGAGCAAAAGCAGGAAUACCAAGCUGAGAUAGAGAGACUCGGGCGCCGCUUGUCAAGAUCUUCUCAUCUUCAGCUGGAAGGGAUGGAAGCUAGAUUGGAAGCACGAUUUCAAGAACUUCAGUCACGGUCACUCGAAGAGUUCGAGGCGAAGCUGCUUGCUAGCAGUGGAGAUGCUUAUGCUUCUGCAUCUAAGUCGAUGCGGCAUGCAACGAACAAGGAUACUCAUGCUCAUGAGAAUACACUUUCACAGCCGGCACUCACACGACUGACGGCGACAAUGGAAGGUCUUAUCGAAGAGCUCGCAAGCUACAAGUCCCAUGUGCUAGUGCGCAGUGACUUCAGUACGAAUCCUGAGAGUAUUGCGAGCAACCAGUCUGAUAAGGUCAUUCAUAAAGCGGAGUCGGCCCAAAGCUCAUCAAAAUCUCCUUCUGCUCUACGGCAUCCGUUACGGAGCAUAUAUCACCUCAUAUGGUAUCUCUGGCACCACUGA